UCUGCACAGAGCCAGGGUUUCAAAGUUCAGAAGAGGACAUCGCAUGGCCCUGGAAAAGCCAAAAAUUGAGUCCCUGAAAUGCCCAGGGUGCUAACUUAAGGAGGAACUUUGAAAACACAAAGAUGAGGCUCUUCUGGCGACGUUAUGGCCCGCUGAAGCUGGCUUUGGUGGGCGUGGUCUUUGUGAUCUUCCUCUUCAUAAUCCAGAGGGACGUCGGGAGCGGCGGCCACACCGAGGAGCCGUGGCUGAAGAACAUCGUCGUCCGGAAAGACCAAGUGCUCGACAUGAUGAUGGGGGCGGUGAACAACAUCCGCGACUCGAUGCCCAAGCUGCAGAUCCGGGCUCCGGUGCCGCAGGAGGUCCCGCUGCAGAGCAGCAAGUCCUGCCUUCCGGGCUACUACACCCCGGCGGAACUGAAGCCAGCGAUGGAACGCCCACCCCAAGACCCCAACAGCCCCGGGGCGGAGGGCAAAGCUUUCAAGAAGGAGCAGUGGACGCCGGAGGAGACCAAGGAGAAGGAGCGCGGCUACGAGAAACAUUGCUUCAACGCCUUUGCCAGCGACCGGAUCUCGCUCCAGCGGGCGUUAGGACCUGACAGCCGCCCUCCGGAGUGCAUUGACCAAAAGUUCAAGCGCUGCCCGCCCCUGCCCACCACCAGCGUCAUCAUCGUCUUUCAUAACGAGGCCUGGUCCACCUUGCUCCGCACGGUGUACAGCGUCCUGCACUCCUCCCCGGCCGUCUUGCUGAAGGAGGUCAUUCUGGUGGACGAUGCCAGCACGGAUGACCACUUAAAAGACCAGCUGGACCUCUACGUGAAGCAGCUGCAGAUCGUGCGAGUGGUACGGCAGCAGGAGAGGAAAGGGUUAAUAACGGCGCGGCUGCUGGGCGCCAGCGUCGCCACUGGAGAAGUGCUGACUUUCCUGGACGCUCACUGCGAGUGUUUCCACGGCUGGCUGGAGCCUCUCUUAUCCCGGAUCGCCGAGGAGCCCACUGCCGUGGUGAGUCCGGACAUCACCACCAUCGACCUGAAUACCUUUGAGUUUUCCAAGCCCAUCCAAUACGGGAAACAGCACAGCCGGGGUAACUUUGACUGGAGUUUGACCUUCGGCUGGGAGGCCAUACCGGCCAAGGAGAAGCAAAGAAGAAAAGACGAGACAUACCCCAUCAAGUCUCCCACGUUUGCUGGUGGCCUCUUCGCCAUCUCCAAGUCCUACUUCGAACACAUCGGUUCCUAUGACGACCAAAUGGAGAUCUGGGGUGGGGAGAAUGUGGAAAUGUCCUUUAGGGUUUGGCAGUGUGGCGGUCAGCUAGAGAUUAUCCCCUGUUCCGUGGUUGGGCACGUGUUCCGCUCCAAAAGUCCCCACACCUUCCCAAAAGGAACGCAGGUCAUCUCCCGGAACCAAGUGCGCCUGGCGGAGGUCUGGAUGGACGACUAUAAGGAAAUCUUCUACAGGAGAAACCAGCAGGCUGCAAAGAUGGCCAGAGAGAAAACUUACGGCGACGUUACAGACCGGCUCAAACUGAAGGAGCAACUGCACUGUAAAAACUUCACCUGGUACCUGCAAACCAUCUAUCCAGAGAUCUUCAUCCCAGACUUGACCCCCACCUUCUAUGGCGCAAUUAAGAACGAAGGGUCCAAGAACUGCUUGGAUGUCGGGGAGAAUAAUCAUGGAGGGAAGCCGCUGAUCAUGUACCCGUGCCACGGGAUGGGAGGCAAUCAGUACUUCGAGUACACGUCCCAGAAGGACCUGCGUCACAACAUUGGCAAGCAGCUCUGCCUCCGAGCCGGCUUCGGGCCGGUGGAGCUGGGAGACUGUGGAAACGAGGAAUGGGAACUCACCCACGAUCGUCUGAUUAAAAAUGUGGCCUCUGACAUGUGUUUGUCGGCAAGAGAUGAGCAUCCAUCUAUGACUUCCUGUAACCCUUCGGAUUCUUAUCAGCAGUGGUUCUUUACUUAAACAAUAUAGCGCAGACAAAACCGGUGGAACCAAGAAGUAUCAGCCCGUCUCACUGAGACCUCGAUUCCAGACUGCACUCAGGAAAACAGAAGCUAAUACUCUCCUCUUAUUUAAAAGACGUGAACAUCUUCAACAUGCUGCACUUCACAGUUGCCUUUCAUUUUAUUCUGUGCCUUUGAGAUCAGAUGGUGUAAUACACGGAGAUUUGUUUAUCACUUUUUCUAAGAGACAAGCCAAGCUCCUUGUUUGCCGCCUAUGGGAGUGUUGCACUGUAACUUACCCAAAGAUAGAGAACACGGGGCCAACCACACCAAUAAUCGCAUGGACUACCGCUUCCUGAGCCAGGAAAUUUGGACCAUGACCCCGCAGAAUGGCAGGGAUGAAACUGACACAGUACUUAGGAUGCCAGCUGGCCUUUGAAUAUGCCUUAUGCCAAAGAGACUAUUCCAUGCCCUUUCGUUUCCUGGUGGUCGUGCGUGCCAAGGCAGGUUGGGAUGUGGUGAGGCGGCGUUGCAGCAUCCCGUUCAAGAGCACAGAUCCCUGCUUUCUGGCACGCACUGGGCAUUUAACGAGGUUUUUUUCCUCUUACGGUUUAGGAGGCGAUCGGAGUGUGCAUUUAAAACCUGACACCGGGGUGCUCUGCUGUGUGAGAUCCCGGCCUGCUGCACAGCAUGACACCUCCGGAGUGCUUGCCAGCACGAGGAAGGAGGUAAUGCCAGUGGCUGCCAAUAAAAAGGACUUGCUAUGCAGUCCCAAAGGAGAGAGGCGUUAUCGU